CUUCCAAUGAUUCACAUGGACCCAAAACUGGUGAAGAGAUCCAUUGAAAUAAGCCUGAAGAAACUACAGUUAUCAUAUCUAGAUUUGUACCUGAUUCAUUUCCCAAUACCUUUAGUGUAUGAUGGUAACGACAACAAUGUUUUUCCACUAAAUGAAGCCGGAGGUUGGAAGGCUGCAGACAAGUGGGACCUUUUGGGAACAUGGAAGGCAAUGGAGGAACUAGUAGACCUCGGAUUAACUAAAUCUAUUGGAGUGUCUAACUUCGGCAUCUCACAAAUCGAAAGAAUCUGCAAGGUGGCAAAACACAAACCUGUUACAAACCAAGUGGAAUGCCACAUAUAUUGGCCACAGAAAGAGCUGUUUGAGGCCUGUAAGAAGCUUGGCGUUACACUGACAGCCUACGCUCCUAUAGGAUCUCCAGGAAGACCUGAACUUUUUAAAAAAGCAGAUGAACCGGUUGCUCUAGAAGAUCCUAUCAUUAAAAAAAGCCAAGAAGUAUGGAAAAACCCCUGCACAGGUACAUUUAAAAAGGAUUAA